AUGGUUGGGCCGGAGUUGCGACAUGCCCUAGAAUCGAAGAGAGCCAAGAUCCAGGAGAUAUGCAAGAUAUCGGGCGUUGCCGGUGCGUCCAUCGCCGUCAUUGACCGCGGCGAGACUGUAUUCCAGGACAAGUUUGGGUACCGUGACCUUGUCGAGCAACAGCCUGUGACUUCCGACACCAUCUUUCACAUCGCCUCACUAACCAAGAGCUUCACGGGCGCUUGCAUACAAAAACUGAGGGCUCAAGGACGGCUGGAGCUUGACGACCCAAUUCAAAAGCACCUUCCGGAGGCCAAAAAUGCAGACCCUACUGUUGCUGUAACAGCUACAAUUGCUGAUCUCCUUGGUCAUCGCACAGGCCUUGAAAGGGCUGAUAACAUAUGGCUCGGCUCCCAAGGCGAGCUACUCAUCAACAGAGACCAAACAGUCGCGGUUUUCAAUCAUAUCCGACCUCGGGCAAGAAUACGAUCUCAUUUCUAUUAUAACAACAUUUGCUACGCUGUACUUGGAGAGAUCAUCGCCAAACUGACUGGGCAGCCCUACCACACAUAUCUGAAGGAGACAAUUCUUGAUCCUCUCAACAUGACUCGCACCGUGGUAACUAAAGACGGCGGUCUACCGGAUAAUUCCUCACUGGCCUACAGCACGUUGGACGACGGCAAACCAUACAAUGUUCCCCUCCCUGGUAGCAGUGGGAGUGUGGCCAUGGGCUCUGCUGGAGGCUUGCUAAGCAGUGUUAACGAUUUGAGCAAGUAUUGCAAAGCCUUGAUGAGAUCAUGGAAUAGCCAGACCCAGGGAAAGAUGGCAGACUGUGGGAUUGAACACGAAACGGCCGUGUUUGAUGAGGUCUCGUGGCUUUUCGCGCCGCUCCAGAUCAUGGAAACGCCAACAUUUCGAGAGAAGAGCUAUGCCGCUGGAUGGGCGAGAAGUCAGCUGCCGACCGCCGUCGGCGAUAUUGGGGUCAAUCCAGGGCUGGUGGAAGCAAUGCCCUUGCUCGCAGAUGGAAUCGACUCUCGCCUGGCCCUGUGGCAUCAAGGCAGCCUCGUGGGCAACUUGUUUCGCCAUGUUGCUCCCUGA